AUGGCUGACAUGGCAUCGCGCAUCGCGUCAGUAAGGAGUUUGUUACCUGAUCUCGAAUCAGCGCUGCAUUCAUUUACUUCGUCUCCCGCCAAGUUCCGCGUCGUACGGACAGUCAACGACACGCCAACACAGCCCAAGACACUAUACAUCCUCGACUCUUCCUUCAACCCGCCGUCAAUUGCCCACCUUACCCUCGCGACAUCGGCCCUGAAGCAGUCGACGCCCCUAGAGAAGAGCCCGUACCGGCUGUUACUGCUGUUCAGCACCCACAAUGCAGACAAGGCACCGAGUCCGGCAAGCUUCGUGCAGCGCAUCGCCCUCAUGACCGUGUUUGCCGAGGACCUGUCGCGAAGCUUGAAGAGCGCGUCACCUUCGAUGAAUGAUGACGUCUCCAACGUGUCGAUAGACAUUGGCCUAACCAAGGAACCAUACUACAGUGACAAGUCGGUUGCUAUAGCCGAGACCACACCACCGUUCUACGCGUCGCGGCCCAUCCACAUCCACCUCGUCGGCUACGACACCUUGAUCCGCUUUUGCAACCCCAAAUACUACCCCAAGUACGACCCACCGCUUUCGGCCCUCAAGCCCUUCUUCGAUGCUGGCCACAAGCUGCGCGUGACCCAGCGACCGACGGACCCGAGCGACGAGUCGUCCAAUGAAUUCGGUACAACGGAGGAGCAGGAGAAAUAUCUGCAGAACCUGAAAGAUGGCAACCAGGAGAAGGCUGGCUUCGAGCCUGCCUGGGGCAACAACAUCGAUAUGGUGCAAGCCGAGGAAGGCGUUGGUAUAAGCUCUACCAGAGUGAGAAAGGCAGCAAAUGCGGGACACUGGGACACAGUGGGCAAGUUGUGUACUGAAGGCGUCGCCGCUUGGAUCAAAGACCAGGGCCUAUACAGCGAGGAUGCUAGCGGCAAAAAGAUGAUGGGCUGA